UGUGUGCGAGGUAGCGCGAUAGCCGGCUCACAGUGUCUCGACGGACGCGGCAGUGGAGCAGUCAUAGCACGCAGCAACAUUCCAGUUCCAGUUCCAGCAAGUACGCAUCAUGGCAACAAGACAACUUCUCCGCUUCCUGAACAACGGCAGCCAGCAGGCGCUUCUGGCGAAGCAACUCGGUGCCGCCCGAUUUUACAGUGCAGGCAGCUAUGAAUUCAUCAAGGUCGAGGUGGUCGGCGAGCAGAAGAACGUCGGCCUGAUCACACUCAACCGCCCGAAAGCCCUCAACGCACUCUGCAAUGGUUUGAUGUUGGAGGUCAACAAUGUGAUUCGUGAUUUUGAGAGCGACAAGAAGGUGGGCGCGAUUGUUAUCACCGGCAGCGAGAAGGCAUUCGCCGCUGGUGCUGAUAUCAAGGAGAUGCAGAACAACACGUAUGCGCAAUGUAUCCGCAGUAAUUUCCUCAAUCACUGGAACGGCGUGGCGCAAUGCCGAAAACCUGUCAUCGCUGCUGUUAAUGGUUUCGCUCUUGGUGGUGGUUGUGAGCUUGCGAUGAUGUGCGACAUUAUCUACGCAGGCGAAACCGCUAAAUUCGGUCAGCCAGAGAUCCUGCUGGGCACAAUUCCGGGCGCCGGCGGCACCCAACGUCUUACACGUUACGUUGGCAAGUCCAAGGCGAUGGAGAUGACGCUCACUGGCAACCAGGUGAACGCCGUCGAGGCUGAGAAGAUGGGUUUGGUGAGCAAGGUGUUCCCGGUCGGCAGUCUCGUCGACGAGGCAAUCAAACUGGCUGAGAAGAUCGGCAAGAACUCGCCGCUCAUUGUGGCGCUGUGCAAGGAAGCCGUUAAUACCGCAUACGAAACUACGCUGGCCGAGGGUCUGCACUUCGAAAAGCGCACUUUCCAUGCCACAUUUGCCACCAAGGAUCGUCUGGAGGGCAUGACUGCCUUCGUUGAGAAACGUGCUGCCAACUUCACAAACGAAUAAAAAUUUUAUAGAUAUUAUAUUCUAUAUUAACUUGUUUUUUGUAUGUGCGCAUAAUAAACGUACGCGUGGACGAGUGCAAAUGGCUCACGAUCUAGGAGACAUCUCGUCCGCGUUAUUUUUGGGUAUAA